GACUACACUUCCCAUGUUCCUUAGAAGUCGGAGCUUGCGCAAUAUGUUUUCCACGGCCCUGGUUGCUCGUAGUGUCUGUUUGGUGUUGUUGUCAUAUUAAGGGGGCAAAAGAAAGAAUUAACGGAGUUAAUAUAACCCUGAGCUUGUCGCAUGAGGUUACUGGGUGAGCCCCUCCCUGCCAUGAGAGCUGACCACCAGGUCACCAGCCCCCCCUCCUUCUGCAGUUGAUGGAUCUGCAGCUGGUCCAGAGAUGACAGACAGCGUCAGGGCCUUCCUCCGUAAUGUUGCGACGGGGAUCAAGGACUCCAUAUUGGGGAUUGGUACAAUCUCCAAGCUGGAUGCCCGCAUCCAGCAGAAAAGGGAAGAGCAGCGGAGGAGAAGGGCCAGCGGGGCCCUGGCACAGAGACGGGCACAGAGUGAGGAACGCAAACCGGACAAUGAACCCAAAGUAGCCAGCAGGAUUUUUCAGUGCUGUGCCUGGAAUGGAGGAGUGUUCUGGCUCAGUCUGUUUCUCUUCUAUCGGGUGUUUAUCCCACUGCUGCAGACUCUCACAGCAAAAAUCAUUGGUGACCCCUCCCUCCAUGGCAGUGUGUGGUCCUGGUUAGAGUUCAUCCUGACCUCUGUCUUCAGUGCUCUCUGGGUUCUCCCUCUGUUCGUCCUCAGCAAGAUAGUCAAUGCCAUCUGGUUCCAGGAUAUAGCUGACCUAGCAUUUGAAGUGUCUGGAUGUAAAGCGCAGCCGUUCCCCAGUGUCAGUAAGAUCAUCGCGGACAUGCUCUUUAACCUCCUCCUCCAGGCACUCUUCCUCAUUCAGGGAAUGAUUGUUAGCCUCUUCCCCAUCGAUGCCAUUGGACAAAUGGUUAGCCUCCUCCACAUGUCUCUGCUCUACUCCCUGUACUGCUUUGAGUAUCGCUGGUUCAACCAUGGCAUUGAGAUGCACCAACGGCUGUCCAAUAUUGAGAGGAACUGGCCCUAUUACUUCGGCUUUGGUUUGCCCAUGGCCCUGCUGACCGCCCUACCCUCCUCAUACAUCAUCAGUGGCUGCUUGUUCUCCAUCCUCUUCCCUCUUUUCAUCAUCAGCGCUAAUGAGGCCAAGACGCCAACAAAGCUGUACCACUUCCAGCUGCGUCUCUUCUCCCUGGUUGUGCUGAUCAGCAACAAGCUUUUCCACAAGACAGUCCACCUGCAGUCCUCCCUGACAUCGUCCACCUCCUCAGAGAGGCUGACAUCCCCCCACACCUCCCCGACCCGCCAGAGACCUCUGCCCACCCAAUGAUGGAUCCACUUGAAGGAGAUGGGAAAGCAGUUGAUGAGUGACUUCACUAAAUGUGAUUUCCCUUAAUGAAGAUGAUAAACGGUUUAGGACAAAGGGUUUACAUGUUUUUAUCUAAUCUCUGGCCCUUUGGUUAUUCAUUUGCAGCACCCCACCAGACACAUUUUUAGUGUGACACAAAAAUCGACUUCCCUGUGCCUCACACUCAUAACACAUUGUACACUCAGCUCUUGACUUGUUUUCUUUUGUGAAUUUUCUUUCAUUGUUUUUUUUGUAUAAUGUGCCAUUUGAGUGACUCUCCUUUUAAUAAAUUACAGCACAAGAAACCAUGUAGUUUUAAUGUUUAAGCAAACUUGUGACUAAAGAAGGAUUUUUUUUUAACUUUGAAGGGGCUUGUUUGCAUUCAGAAGGAAAGCAGAGUUUUGUUUUACUUGAUGUUGCAAGUCACAUUCCUUCCUCACAGAUUGAAUGCUUUCUUGCACAUGGACAUGUUUCUCUGUCAAACCAUGGUGUCCUAGCAGUUCCAGUUAGUUAAAAGUUAAAAGGGAGCCUUUUUUAUCCUAUAAGAGCUUUGUUUUUAGUACAAUAUACAAAUCAGUUCAAGAGCUGCUAUAAAAAGGAUUGGUGACCUUAGUAAUGGAAACCAAAUAACAAAGUCACUCUUGUGUGUUCACUAAAGGUUUGCUUGGUGUCUCAUCCCAAAUUACAAUCUCACUCCAGUGUCUGAUGAGAUGUCCACGUUGCAAAUCACAAAGUGACACCAGCAAAGGAAUAGCUACCUAAGCAUUUUCAGUGUGUGUGAAUUUAGUUGAUGAUAGGUGAGAUGACACUGCCAAACUGCUGCAUCUAUGUUUUGUUUUUCCACUUCAACCACUACAAUGCUAAGCUCUGUAAUAAAGGAAGGAGUCACAUAGUUAAAGUCUUUAUAUCUUGUAUAGUCUUUAUAAAUGGGUGAUCAGCGUUGACCUGCUUGCGCUAGUUUUUCCAUAGAGAGCUAAAACAAAUAUAAUUGGUCCCUACAGAUCAUCGGCUGUUUGGUUUUUGUGCUGUAUAUAAUGUUAAUACAUCCUGAAUGUUCAACCAGAAGCCCACCACCAUGCAGCGACCCAGUCACCAACUUUUCUCUCACUCAUCAGAGCUCGUGGCCAUGGGGAGGGGCCAAGAUUUUGAAACAGUGUGCAGUUAUUGUAAGAAGAGCAUAGUGUUUGUGCAGACUGAAAUAUGUGUUUGAGGUUUUGUAAAAGUAAUACGUCUAAUUUCAAUAAAAUUGGUCAGUAUUAAAUA